CCUCGUGUUUUACAUCUGAGAUAUCAGGCACGGUAGUGGAAGGGCCACCUUCAUACUGACAUCAGUGAUAGGACUGGAUAGAAAUAUGAUGUUUAGCGGAAGUGAACCAGCAAAGGCCUCACGAUGUCGGAACUCGGAAGCUGGGGAGUGCCUGCGCUGUGUCAGCUAGCUACAUGUACUGGCCUACUGCUAAGGACCUGAGGCAGUAAGGCAUGAGUAAAGGCGUCAAGGCGUCAAUUCCCAGAGCUCCCACCUCCCAACUCCCAGCUGUCACACAAUUCCGUCUUCCGCAUGUCUCCCCUCGCUCCGUCACCAUCCUCUCUGGACUUUCCCUCCCUCCACUCCUCCACUCCAGCACUCCAGCUGUCCCCCACAGCCUCACCCAGACAUCUCACCCUCUCCUCCAUCUCCAGCCUCUCUCCUCCCCUCCUCCUCUUCCCUCCCCUAAAUCUAAUCGUCAUCACUUCAUUUCUCCCCCAUUGAUGACAUCUUGCUUGACAUCCGACCCUCUCCAUCGUAUACCAUAUCCCACUCUCCGUAGUCGACUCAAUUGGCCUCUUCCGUUGAACCUACAGCUUCCCUUCUGCCCAAUCCAUGCCAGGAAUCCCUCUCGCACAUCCGUUGUACGAGACGCACAUUCCUCGCCCCCCCAGUCCAGCUUCGAAGCCCCAGACCCCACGUUGCAGGCCAUCGUAUCAUUCUCCCACUACUCGCCCUUUUCAACGAUCCUCAGAGUUUAUCCCCAAUUACCCCGGAUUCCGAGCUUCCUCUGGGUCCGUUGCGACCUCUGGCGGCUUGCUACAUGCUGAUCUAGCUCCGGCGUUGCGUCGAUCAGGUAGCUUCAGCUUGAGCCGCAUUGUUUCGCGCAACGGCAAGAGUCGAAUUCGACGGCUUCACGACUCACGACUCAUACUUUGAUAUCGAGUCUAUUCAAUCCUCACGUAUUCGACGCUAAGAUCUUGAAUCACUACUUCGUCAUCGCUAUACG